AUGGAUGAAACUGGACCAUCUGUAUGGGAUCGUUUAAUAGCUGAAAUUGAUCAAAUUAUAUCAACUCAACAUAAUCAAACAUUUGCUAAUGCAUUACAACGUUUAUUAGAAAAUGUUAAUAUAUUACGAACUAAUUUACAUAAUCAAACAACACCAAAUGCACCACAAGUUGCAUUAAAUAAUGUUUUAAAUAUAAUUAUUUAUAAUUUACUUGAACAUUAUACAUUACAAUCACAAACACAAGAUGGUGAAAAUUUAGAACGUUUUAAAAAUGUUCAUAUGAGUGUAUUAAAAUUACUUGUUGAAAUACGUUUACAUAUGUCACUUAUUAAUAAACAAUUAACUAAAGCAUGGUUAGAAUGUCCUAAUGAACUUAAAUUUAAUGUUUAUGCUGUUAAUCAAUUAUUACGUAAUCGUCUACUUGAUAUACGUCAAAUGGAUACACAUGUUGCACAAUUAAUUGAUUCAGGAAAUAAUCCAGCAUUACAUUUUGCUGUUAAUUUUCUUCGUAUUUGUGUUAUUGAACAACCAUGUUGUGUUGAUAGUGAUAUAUCAUCAAUACUUGAUUCACUUCAUCGUAUAUCAUUAAUUGGUAAACAACCAGCUGAAGCUGUACGAGAUUUACUUGAAAUAAUACGUUUAAAUUAUACAUCAUUAACAACAAAUAAUGAAACAAAUUCAACAAAUGAUACAAAUACACAAUCAACAGCUAAAAUUGAUAAAUUAGCUAUUAUAUCAUUAUCAGUUAUAAGUAAUGGUCAUAAAUAUUUAACAUCAAAUGAUGAAAUUGAAACAACAACAAUAGCUAAUAAAGCUAAACAUAUAUUAAGUGAUUGGGUUACAUUAACAAUGACACAAACAAAUCGUAUUAGUCAACAACAAUCAUUUCAAGGAGUUUUUAAUCAAAUGAAUAUGCAAGGUUUAUUUCGUUCCGAUGAUACAAUAGCUAAAUUUCUUCGUAUGACAAUUCAAUUAUGUGUUAAUAGUGUUUAUGAUAUAAUUCGUCAAGCACCAUCCAUAACAUCAUCAUCAUCAUCAUCAUCAACAACAACAACAACACAACAAGCACAUUAUACACGUUGUCAUCAAGGAAUUGAUUCACUUUGUCGUUUCUUAUCACUUUUAACAACACAUACAUCAGAUGUUAAUAAUUAUGGAGCACGAAUACAUUUAAUUAAUCGUAUAUUAGGAAUUUUAGCUGCACAUUGUUUUGCUGAUCAUGAAGAACAAGGUGAUCAAUUUCAUCCAUUGGCAUAUCAAAGAAUUAUUCUUAAUCUAUUUCAAGAAUCUACAGCUGCUGUCACAUCAACUAUGUCAAAUACAACACCAGGUGUUGAUGUAUCAUCUGCAAAUGAAUAUGUAAUGUAUUAUAUUUAUUUGGCAUUUACAAAUUGUUUACAUCUUUUACGUCCACAACGUGUACCGGGUUUUGCAUUUGCUUGGCUUGAAAUAGUUGCACAUCGAACAUUUAUGUCACGUUUAUUAUUAUCAAGUGGUCGUUUUAUACGUCAAACACAUAAUAUGUAUGCAUUAUUACUUGUUGAUGCAUUACGUUUAGUAACACCAUUUAUACGUUCAGGUGAACAUGCACAAUCAUUUCAAGUUUAUUUUAAAGGUAUAUUAAAAACAUUUAUGUUAUUAUUACAUGAUUUUCCAGAAUUUUUAUGUGAACAUUAUUAUCAAUUUUGUGAUGCAUUACCAUUAAUAGCACAUCAAUUACGUAAUAUUGUUUUAUCUGCAUUUCCAAAACAUAUGCGUUGUCCUGAUCCAUUUUUGGUUAAUUUUAAAGUUGAUAUGCUUAAUGAUAUAUCAAUUGUACCGGUGAUAGCUUAUAAUUUUUCACAAAAUAUUCAACCACCAAAAUUUAAACAAAAUCUUGAUUCAUAUUUACGUACACGUGCACCAGUUACAUUUUUAUCUGAAUUACGUUCAUAUUUACAACAAGGUGCUGAUCCUGGUUCACAUUAUAAUAUAAGAAUGUUAAAUGCACUUGUUUUAUAUGUUGCAACACAAGCAUUAUCAACAUUAAAUAAUAAAACAAAUGGACAACCAUUAAUGUCAUCAAUAACACAUUCAGCACAUAUGGAUAUAUUUCAAAAUUUAGCUGUUGAUUUAGAUACUGAAGGACGUUAUAUAUUUUUAAAUGCUAUGGCUAAUCACUUGCGAUAUCCAAAUACACAUACACAUUAUUUUAGUUAUACACUUUUAUAUUUAUUUGCUGAAGCAAAUUCUGAAGCUUUACAAGAACAAAUUGUUCGAGUUUUACUUGAAAGACUUGUUGCUAAUCGUCCACAUCCAUGGGGUUUAUUAAUAACAUUUCUUGAACUUGUGCGAAAUCCUAAUUUGAAAUUAUGGUCUCGAGAAUUUAUGAGUAUUUCACCAGAUGUUAAACGGUUACUAACAACACUUACACGUGGUUUUCCUCAUAUUCCGAAUGCUCCACUAGGUACUCAACAACAACAACAAACUGCCAUUGUUAAACCCUAGUUAUUAAUUAAUUCAUCAUAUCGAUUUGGUUAUUGUAUUCGUUAUUAUUCAAUAAAUCAUCAAUUAAAAUGGCCAUCAUCACAUGUUCGUCAAACAUUUAUAGAUUAUUUUACAAAACAUUCACAAAUUUCUCAUAUAAUUAUUCCAUCAUCAUCAGUUAUUCCACCAAAAGAUUCAGGAACAUAUUUUGUAAAUAGUGGAAUGAAUCAAUUUAAAAAUAUAUUUCUUUCACAACAAGAUAAAAUUUUACAAAAAUGUGUUGUUAAUUAUCAAAAAUGUAUUCGUGUUGGUGGAAAACAUAAUGAUUUAUCGGAUGUUGGACAUGAUACAUAUCAUCAUACAUUUUUUGAAAUGCUUGGUAAUUGGUCAUUUAAUAAUACAUAUUUUAAACGUGAAGCAUGUACAAUGGCAUAUGAUUUAUUAACAAGAAUAUAUGGUAUUGAUAAAAAUCGUUUAUUUUUUACAUAUUUUAAUGGAGAAAAUAAUUUUAUUCAACCAGAUUAUGAAACAAAACAAAUUUGGAUUGAUUUAGGAAUUAAUAUAGAAAGAAUUUUACCAUUUGGAAUGAAAGAAAAUUUUUGGGAAAUGGGUGAAAUAGGACCAUGUGGUCCAUGUACAGAAAUACAUUAUGAUCAUACAGGUCAAGGAGAUCCAUUACAAGUUAAUAGAGAUAAUCCACGUGUUGUAGAAUUAUGGAAUCUUGUUUUUAUGCAAUAUGAACGACGACAAGAUAAAUCUUUAAUUCCUUUAACUAAUUUUCAUGUUGAUACUGGUAUGGGUCUUGAACGUCUUGUUGCUGUUCUUAAUUCAUUAGAAUCAAAUUAUGAUACUGAUUUAUUUACUCCACUUUUUGAUACAAUUCAUUCAUAUUGUCAUUCAUCAUAUUCAAUUCCUGUUUAUUCUCAAGCAAAUAAAACACAACAAUAUGCAUAUCGUUUAUUAGCAGAUCAUGCACGAAUGUUUACAAUAGCUAUUGGUGAUGGUCUUAUACCUGAAAAGAAAGGUAUUGGUGGUUUAUUAAAAAAAAUGAUUGAACGUGCAACACGUAUUGCUUAUGAAUAUUUACAUAUUGAUGAAGAAAAUAUUACUAUAUUAUCAAAAUUAAUUCCUAUAGUAACAAAUAUUCUUUCACAAGCAUAUCCAGAUUUAAAUGAAAAAUUAAAUCGUACAAUAGAAAUUGUUAAAUAUUGUGAAUUAAAUUAUAUGAAAAAAUAUCAAUUAGCUAAACCAUUACUUGAAAAAUUUAUUCAAGAUAAAAUUCAAAAAUCAGAUUAUUUUAUAUCUGGUAAUGAUAUUUAUCGUUUAUAUGCUGGUAAAAUAAAUAAUAUAAAUGUACCAUUAGAAAUGAUUGAAGAUUAUAUACGUUUAUUUCCAUUAAUUAAAAUUGAUUGGUUAAAUUUUGAUGAAUUAAUGCGUGAAGAAACACGUAAAAGUAAAUUAUUUUCAAUAUAUAAUAAAACAAUAAAAACAAAUGAAAAUAUAUCUCAACAUUCAAUUGAUAAAAUAUUUGAUUUAAUUAAACAAAAUUCAUUAUUAAAAAAAACAAUUGAUGAACCAUAUAAAUAUCAAGCUGAUAAAUCAAUAAAUGCAGAAGUAGAAUUAAUUAUUCAAAAUAAUAAUAAUAAUAAUCAAUUAGAUAUUGUUCAAUCAAUUAAUAAAAAUUUUAAAUAUUAUAUACUUCUUAAUCAAACAAAUUUUUAUUCAACUAGUGGUGGACAAUCAUCUGAUCAUGGAAUAAUUGAAUUUUCGAAUAAUCUUAUUUUUCAAAUCGAAAAUGUUUUUCGUCUUCAUGAAUAUAUUAUUCAUUAUGGUUAUUUUUUAGAAAAUGGAAAUAUUAAUGAUAAAAAUGUUCGAUGUCAUGUUGAUAUGAAACGAAGAUUAAAUUUAAGUCGAAAUCAUACAACAACACAUUUAGUUAAUAAAGUCUUACGAGAAUUAUUAAAUGAUCAAAAUUUAAUACAAAAAGCAUCAUUAAUACAUGAAGAUUAUUUUAUUUUUGAAUAUUCAUCAACUAAUACAAAUGCAACAAAUAACAUUUUUGAAGAACUUGAAAAACGUAUCAAUGAAAUUAUUCAUCUCAAUCUUCCAAUAUCUAUAAGUUCAUAUAAUUAUAAUACAAUUCGUUCUGAUACAAAUAUUUAUCGUUUAUCAAAUGAACAUUAUCCAUCUGAUGUACGUUGUGUUAAUAUUGGUUCAACAUAUUCACGUGAAUUAUGUUGUGGUACACAUGUAUCAUCAACAAAUGAAAUAGAAGAUUUUCUUAUUGUUCGUGUUGAUUCAAAAGGUCAAAGUAAUAAACGUCUUUAUUGUUUAACUAGUUCAUAUGCUAAAAAUAUACGUAAUUUAUUUAAAAAUGAAUUUGAAAAAAAAUUUCAUUAUCUUGAACAAAAUCAAUAUCAAAUAACAUUAGAUGAAUUAUAUAAUGAAUGUCGAAUAUUACGUGAAAUUUAUCUUGAUGAAAAAUCUUUAUUAUUUCCAUUUAAUCAACGUUUUAAUUAUUUAAAUCGUUUAUAUAAAAUAAUGCCAGAAAAAAAAUUUCUACGAAAAUAUUUAUUAAAUCAAAUAAAUAAUGAUUUAAAAAAAAAUUUUAUUCAUUCAUAUGUUGAUUUACCAAUAUAUGAUAUUGGUUAUAUGUUAUUACGUUAUGAUGAUGAUAAUCAUCUACGUAAACAUCAAUCAUAUGUUAUUUAUAUUAAUUUUUAUCAACAAAUUAUAAUAAUCUAUUUAAAAAAUCCACGUCAACGUAAUCAAUUAAUUGAAUAUAUGAAAAAUCAUUAUCAUAUGAAUAUAUUAACAAAUUUUGAAAAAUAUGAUCAACAAACACGAGAUUUAUUUACUAUAACAAAAAAAUUAGUUGUUUUUCAAUCAAUACAUAAAGAUAGAUUUGAUAAAAUGAAUUUUCAACAAAUGUGUGAUGAACUUUUUUCAACUGUUUUUUAG